AUGAAGACGUUCCCAGAAGAUGAAGCCAUGUACUAUUGUGCAAUUGGAAUAGAGAUGACUGUGGAGUUUAGAGAUGGCACAUUUCUGUAUUUAAAAGGAAACCGUCAGAAGUCUGACUACCAGACAGUGGAGCAGCAGCCAGAAUCUGACCCAGUCUAUCCAGGAGACUAUGUGACUCUACAGUGUACAGUACUCUCUGAGACCUGUACAGGAGAACACAGUGUGUACUGGUUCAGAGCCGGAUCAGGAGAAUCCCAUCCAGGAGUCAUUUACACCCCUGGGAACAGGAGUGAUGAGUGUGAGAAGAGCCCUGAGACUCCCUCUCCUACAAAGAGCUGUGUCUACAGCCUCUCCAAGAACAACCUCAGUCUCUCUGAUUCUGGGACUUACUACUGUGCUGUGGCCACAUGUGGGAAAAUCCUGUUUGGCAACGGGACAAAACUUAACAUUAAAGGAAACACAGUGGAUCCCAUUGUCCUCAGCUUGGGAGCAGCAGUGGCUUUUUGUGUGAUUCUAAUUUUUAUUCUCGCUUGUACCAAAACCAAGAGGCAAACAUGUGAUCAUUGUAAAGCAAGUGUCUCUCAGCAUACUCACCAUGAUGAUAACCUCUCACCAGAGCAGUCAAGUGAUAUGUUGAAUUACACUGCAUUGAAUUUCUCUGAGAGGAAGACUAAAAGAGGAAGAAAGAAGAGAGAGACACCACAGGAGAGUGUGUACUCUGAUGUCAGGUACUCAGACUGGGAGUGA